UCAAAGCGAGCGGGUCUUAAAAUUCAAAUCGCAUCCGCAUCCCGCUCUCCCUUCACACUCUCACACACCAAAACAAACACACACAGAGAGAAGGGAAUAGAGAGAAGAGAGAUCGAUAAAGAGAUCUCUCUGAAAUACAGAGGACUGGAUCUAACAGUAGAAACACGUGCGAUUCUCUCUCCGUUCUCGGAUUCAUCAAGGAGAAGAAAGCAAAAUAUGUCAGGUCGCCACGAGAAAGAGAAAGGCGUUAACGUGCAAGUGCUUCUUCGUUGCAGGCCGUUUAGCGAGGACGAAUUGAGGAAUAAUGCACCGCAAGUGGUGACUUGCAAUGAUUACCAGAGAGAAGUUGCGGUUUCGCAGAAUAUCGCUGGGAAACAUAUCGACAGGGUUUUCACUUUCGAUAAGGUUUUUGGUCCUUCAGCACAGCAAAAGGAUCUUUAUGAACAAGCAGUGGUGCCAAUUGUGAAUGAAGUUUUAGAAGGCUUCAACUGUACCAUUUUUGCAUACGGUCAAACUGGUACAGGCAAAACUUACACCAUGGAAGGUGAAUGCAAAAGAUCGAAGAGUGGACCUAAUGGAGAGUUGCCUUCAGAAGCCGGGGUCAUACCGAGAGCAGUUCAACAAAUUUUCGAUACUCUCGAAGGCCAAAAUGCAGAAUACAGCGUGAAGGUCACUUUCUUAGAAUUGUACAAUGAAGAGAUUACUGAUUUGCUUGCUCCUGAGGAGAUUUCUAGAAUUUCUUUGGAGGAGAAGCAAAAGAAGCAGUUGCCUCUUAUGGAGGAUGGCAAAGGUGGGGUUCUUGUAAGAGGUUUAGAGGAGGAAAUAGUAGCAAGUGCGACUGAGAUAUUCACACUUCUAGAAAGAGGAUCUGCAAAGCGUCGAACAGCAGAAACUCUGUUGAACAAGCAAUCGAGUCGGUCGCAUUCUCUCUUUUCUAUUACAAUACAUAUCAAGGAAGCAACACCUGAAGGUGAAGAACUAAUCAAAUGUGGCAAGCUGAAUUUGGUGGAUCUAGCUGGUUCAGAAAAUAUCUCUCGCUCAGGUGCUAGAGAGGGUCGUGCAAGAGAAGCUGGUGAAAUCAACAAAAGUCUACUUACUUUGGGGCGAGUCAUUAAUGCUCUUGUGGAGCAUCUUGGGCAUAUCCCUUACAGGGAUAGCAAGCUUACGAGGCUACUUCGUGAUUCACUUGGAGGAAGAACCAAAACAUGCAUUAUAGCAACCGUAUCACCAGCUGUUCAUUGCCUGGAAGAGACAUUGAGUACACUGGAUUAUGCGCACAGGGCUAAGAAUAUAAGAAAUAAGCCGGAGGUCAACCAAAAGAUGAUGAAAACAACUCUUAUCAAGGACCUUUAUGGAGAAAUUGAAAGACUUAAGGCAGAGGUUUAUGCUGCCCGUGAAAAAAAUGGUGUUUAUAUGCCGAAGGAGCGAUACUAUCAGGAGGAAAGUGAAAGAAAGGCCAUGGCUGAUCAGAUAGAACAAAUGGGAGUUAUGAUAGAAACCCAUCAGAAGCAAUCUGAGGAGUGGCGAGAUAGGUACGAUGCCCAGGUUCGCCAAUGUUCUGAUUUGAGCAGCAAACUUAAUACCGCUGAGAAAAAUUUCAAUCAAACUAUCAAAUUGCUCACGUGUACUGAAGAAGAAUUGAAGAAGUGUCGAUAUGGUUUGAAAGAGAGGGAUUUUAUCAUAUCUGAGCAGAGAAAAGCAGAGAAUGCUCUGGCUCAUCAAGCUUGUGUUUUACGAUCUGACCUCGAGAAAGCACUUCAGGACAAUGCUUCUUUGUUUCAGAAGAUUGGUAGAGAAGAUAAAUUGAGUUCUGAUAACAGAUCAGUGGUUAACAAUUUUAGAGGGCAGCUCUCCCAACAGAUUGUUUCUCUAUGUAACAUGGUAUCUAUGUCUAUAUCUCAGCAAAAUGAACAUCUUCAGCGUGUUCAGGAACUUGGUCAUUCCUUCUUAGACAUGCAUUAUAAGUCAAUUGAGGAAUUGAAGAAGAAAUUAUCGGCUUCGAGGGCCGUGUAUAUUUCUCACAUCGAGGCAGUGCAAAAUGUUGUCCGUUUGCACAAGGCCAGCUCUAUUGCCGGCUUAGAGGAAAUUUCUUCGAUGGCUUCUUCCAGCACACAGUCUAUUAAAGAUUAUCUAGAAUCAGAGGCUGGUCCAGCAGCUUCGAUAUUUGAUGACCUCCAGAAUAGUCUUUCAACUCACCAGGGAGAAGUAUCUCUUUUUGCCAGGGAAAUGCGUCAGCGAUUCCUUGUCAGUAGAGAGAAAAGAAAGGAGGUUUCUGAAUACAUGAAUGGAUUUCUUGACAAGAUUUUGGAACAAUGCAAAAACCUGGAAAAUCAUGCAGUGCAAGCUGAUGCCAUUCAAAUGAAAAAUAUUACCGACUUUCAGGAAGCUUAUGAGGAGCAAUCAAAAACCGAUGCUGAGAAGCUUGUUGCUGAUAUCAAUAACCUGGUUUCCAACCACCUUCAGCGUCAAAAAGAGCUGGUGGAUGCAAGGCUUGUUGAUCUUAGAGAAACUGCAACUGGAAAUAAGGCAUUCUUGGAUGGACACGUUUCUUCAAUGGAGCAUGUGUCAACAGAUGCAAAACGAAAAUGGCAUGAAUUUUCCAUGAAGGCAGAAGACAAUGCUAAGGAUGUUGCUGAUUAUUCUUCUGCCAAACAUUGUAGGAUGGAGUCGCUCUUACAGCAAUGUGUAAGUACUGCUGGAUCAGCUUUCAAGCAUUGGCAGAAGACACAUGACUCUGUGAAUAAGAUGGGAAUUAGUCAUGUUUCUGAAUUGGUAUCGCUUACAAGAAAUGCAUCGGAAAGCUUCGAGCAGCAUGAUGCUGAGGUUGAUUCUGCACGGGUUACAGCUGAGCAAGAUGUGGCAAAUAAUAGUGAAGAUAUCCUCAAGCGCAUUGACAGAGUGUCAGACAAUGAGCGAGGAUCUGUAUCUAAGAUCUUGGAUGCUGUUAAAGCCCAUGCAAAUGCACUGGAGACUUUCAGAGAGGAUCACUCUGGCAAAUCUGCAGCUAUCGAAGAUAGAGCACGUGAAACAUUUGAGCAGCGAUAUAUGGAUUACGAGUCUACAGGCACAACACCAGUGAGAAGUGAGCCGGAUGUUCCUAGCAAGGGGACCAUUGAAUCACUUCGAGCAAUGCCAAUGGAAAAUCUUCUCGAGGAAUUUCGAGAAAAUAAUUCAUAUGAAUCAUUGGAGGAGAAAGAACUGAAACCAUCUCUAAUACCACGGUCACCCCUUGUUCAACUGAAUCAGCAAUAGCAUUUGGCUGUGUUUCAUUUGUCUCCGCAAUGACUGCCUAUUUGUAUCUUUAUUCUGUACCAUCGGCGUCCUGAGUUAUUAUUGAAAACUGCAAGGCUGCAGGAAAGGGUGUGGCAGAGGAUUCUUGUGUCUAGGUUAAUAGAUCCCAUCUUGGGAUUUAGUAAUUUGAAGCUUAACAGAAUGAUUGUAAAUUGAGGCACAAAACUACACAUUUGGGGUUCAAGAUGGGCGGUUCCUUUCAGCUCUGCUCGUGUAAUGUAACGCAUGCCAUUCUUUAAUCAACCUUCUGGUUCCCAAAGUAUUUGCCAAUUUUCCCUGGUGAUUUUGUUGCUGCCUUACUGCACCAGCUGGAUCUCUUUGCGUUGAAAAAAAAGGAGGAACAUCUUAAAUGAAGUACUUGGUAUUUAGAGCCAAGGUGGGUGCUAGUAAAAGGGAGAUAAAUAGGAGGAUCUUGCCACCAAGUUCCUCAGAAAGUCAGAACAGCCAUUCAACAGAACUCCCUCGUCUGUAAGUACAAGCUUACAGCUUAGGUUCAUAAACAGUUAAAACAUGACAUUUCUAUUUAUCAACCUCUCUUUUCUGAUUCACGAAACUGAAAACCUGUUUCUUCUCA